AUGUCUCAGCAAAGCGUUCAAGACCAUUUUCUUAAAUACAUACUUGGGGGACACGGGCACCUAAAUUUUCUCGUUAGUUUCGGUAAUAUACUACUUCGGUCAUUUUGGCACCCCCGCACUCGUUCAUCAUGGCGUACGCCGCCAAAUCCCAGGAGCACCGCCCCAAAGGGCCCAAACCCUAAAAAAUCACUACCAUUUAUAAAAAAUGCAAUAAAACACAAACACAGCUUCAUCCAGUUAUUCGCGAUGUCCGGAAUAUUGUUGUUGAGCCUCAGAUCAUUGGGCCAGAAGUAUUACCUCCAUGAACUUGAAGAGGACACUUCAGCUCUUAAAGAGGAGCAAGAAUCCCUAACUCAUCGAAUGAACAACAUUAAGAGCAGCCUCCUCCACGAAGCCUCUCUCGAAUCGACCAGCCGUUUCGCUUCUCGUCUGCGCCUUCUCUUCGGCGAGGAAAAUUGAUUCAAAUGGAGAGAUUUGUGAGUCAUUUUGUGGUUUCAUGUAAUUUUAUAUUAACUAGAGAUGGAUUUUAGAGUUUUUAUUAUUAUUUGAGUUUAGCAAUGAAGGAGUUUUGUUUUGUGACCGUUUGAAGUGAUAUACGCCUGGUUGUUGUUAUUUUUUAACUUGCUAUUGUGAUAUGGACUAAAACAAACCAAAUUUGUAUGAA